AGCGGUCUCGUUUCCCAGGCGGGGCAUCACGAUGUCCCCCUUGAUCAAGUCAUCCUUGACCUGCGGAGCUUUCUCGAGAUGGCCCGGAGCUCGAACGGCGGGGCUCGGUGGCCCGUAGGGUUGAAUGAAUAAGACGAAAAGAAUAAAUAUAAGAAUAGAUGCGCUCAUAAGGAUGCGCCUAGUGAUUUGGCGAUUCGCCAUGGUCGAGAGAGUAGGAGGAUAUGAAUGACCGGAAUCGAGUUCGUAAUGACCAGGUGGUUUCAAGGGUGCGAAAGGAGCGACGCGAGACGCAUUAAAAGUAGUCAAAACAUAGGAGUUGAGUGUUCAUGUAUAGUAGUAAGAUCAGAGAGAAGUUGAGAAGAUGAGGCCACAGUCCAUCCUCCUUAUACAUGAGGCGACAGUGGUCUGAGGAGCUGGAGGGAAUGUUUCGAAUAUGGAACUGUCCAUGUGGAAUGCAUGUGGCUUUGUGAUGCUUAGUCACUAUGCAACUUAUGCAUGCCCCUCGCAAGACAUGCGAGCAAACGGAGUCAUGUUUUUCGAGAUUUGCGUUAUACGUAUAGUCAAUUGAUACUACUCUUUCAUGGCAGCGAUACCCUCGUAGCUCGCCAUUCAAUGGUUUAAAGGGUGUCGGAGGCUCUCCGGCCCAUAGCUUCUUUGCGGGGAGACGCUUACAUAACCGCGUGCCGAUCUAUCUGCCUUUUUUGUUUGGCCUUGAACUCCCCGAGUUCUAUAACCCAUUCUCAAUACCACCAAAGAUGGCCUCUCUCAGACCUACCGCUUUCCAGUCGCUUAUUCGAAACCGGACACCAUUCGUGCGGUCUCAACAGCGGCGAUGGGCCCAAGUUCACGAUAUUCGCUUCCUCGCGACACACCGCGACCCUAACCAGGUCUUGGAUAGAUACCGAUCGAAGCUCCACCAGAAGGCGCAACAAGAAGGCCACGAGUCUGUCGAAUCGCUCAAAGCCGCGCACCAGGAAAAGAUUGAUCAACUCCGCCGCGAAGCUUCCACAGUCCUCACUCCGGAACCACCAUCCCCCUCCGCAACUUCGCGCCCGCCUGCGCCUCCUACACCCCGUCCUUCUCCCAAAGCACAAGCUGCCCAGGCCUCUGAAUCAACCGGCAUCAAACCCCUCAGCUCCUACGUCGAUGUCGAGAAGAUCCGCGACCUCCCACCCAAAGAAAUCGAGGCCCUCUGGCGCCUCCGCCACGCCUCCAACUCCCACUCCAUUUGCGCCGUCAUUCCCCUAGAAACAUACCAACGCAUCGUCUCCGCGGCGCGCCAGAACCCACAGUUUAUCCUCCCGCUCCCGCGUAUGCAGUCUGAAGGCCAGACGGCCGAGACUGCCGAAGCUGCCGACGCAAACACAGGCGCCGACAUUCACUUCCUGCAAUGGGCAUUCCACCCCCCUGCGUCGGCGCCGACGGCUAUCAACUCGCAUAUCUCGACCAUCAUCUUUACGCAGCUGGCCGCGUACAAGUUGCAUGGGGCGUAUGCGCAGCCACAUACCACCAUCACGCACCAUCUGGACCUCGCGGAUGACAAGGGUCUUGUGCUCAUGCACGGGCAGGUUAUGCCGGACUCUGGUGUCUCGACUACUGAGGCUACGUGGCUGGCUAGCUGCGUGCAGCGCUUUUAUGAUUUUGGUGGCCAGGCGAGUGGACGAAAGGGCGAGCUGCUGCGCAUGUUCACCCAGGGAGAUGCGGAAGGGUUCAAGCUUGAUGAGUUGAUGGCUGAGGCGGAGAAGUUGUAAGAUUAUUAAUUAUUCUCUCUUACUGUUCACUUCGACGUUGUAUUACACCUACGUCCCAUCUGAGUUGUGUGUUGAUAGACGGUUUAGAUUGGCAAAAUCUAAGAGUCAAUGACGAUGAGUGGUAUUGAAAAAUAAACAAGUUCCUAAACAAUCAAAAGGAACCUAACUCCAGGAUCAAGCGCCUAUAGAAUGUAGAUCGAAAAACAAACGCCGGGUUCACAUUCACAUAGCAGCUGAUAACAUCCGAGGUCUCGUCUUGAAGCCGGUAGCCGCUCAAAAUGGUAGGUAAUAGGGACAAAGAAGGCAAGAUUAAACACGCUCCGCCCUGUAUUCAGAAGACGUCCAUAGGGGAAAGGGCAGACGGAGGGCGGAGCUAUGCAGAAAUAAUAAGGUACAGUAGAAGGUAGUCGUAAAGUCGGAGGAUAUGCAAACCACUUGACCGCCACACCGUGAUCUUUGUUGAGAAAAAGGUCGGACAUAUAUCUAGCGUGCAUUCCUCGGGUCAUGAAGGAGUAUAUCGCGGGCUCCGGCACCGGCGUAUUCAUAAGUCGUCAGCUGCUGAGUUGAUCAUCGGUCGAGCACCUCUUCCUUGACGAAAGAAUGAAUAUGCUCGAAGUAAUCUGGCUCAGCGACACUAUCGUUAUGUGCACCAUUUGGAAGAGUUCGCCAGAUUUUGCGCUUCGAGUUGCAAAUGGCAAACAAUUGGGUCAUAUUAGACGGC